AUGAGCGCGGCUCAGGCGAACGAAGCGGAGAAGAACAUCGAAAUAUGGAAAGUUAAAAAACUAAUCAAACGUCUGGAGGCCGCCAGAGGAAAUGGCACCUCGAUGAUCUCUCUUAUCAUCCCUCCUAAGGAUCAGGUAUCUAGGGCAGCAAAGAUGCUGGCUGAAGAAUUUGGCACUGCUUCCAAUAUCAAAUCCCGGGUCAAUCGCCUUUCUGUCCUGUCCGCCAUCACUUCCACUCAACAGCGUCUCAAGCUUUACAACAAGGUUCCCCCAAAUGGUCUUGUCGUCUACUGCGGUGAGAUUAUCACCUCCGAGGGAAAGGAGCGUAAAAUAAACAUCGACUUCGAGCCAUUCAAGCCCAUCAAUACGUCUCUUUACCUGUGUGACAACAAAUUCCACACUGAGGCACUGAGCGAGCUUCUUGAAUCGGAUCAAAGGUUCGGUUUUAUUGUUAUGGAUGGAAACGGUGCACUUUUCGGCACGCUUAGUGGAAACACCAGAGAGGUCCUUCAGAAGUUGAGCGUCGAUUUGCCUAAGAAGCACGGCCGUGGUGGUCAGUCAGCACUGCGGUUUGCGCGUCUUCGUGAAGAGAAGCGCCAUAACUACGUACGCAAAAUUGCUGAGCUGGCCGUCCAAAAUUACAUAACCAACGACAAGAUUAACGUCGCAGGUCUGAUCUUAGCUGGUUCUGCCGACUUCAAGAACGACCUCAACCAGUCAGAUAUGUUUGAUCAACGGUUGCAGUCCAAGGUGAUCAAAGUCGUUGAUGUAUCGUACGGAGGAGAGAACGGCUUCAAUCAGGCCAUCGAACUUGCCUCGGAAACCUUGAGUAAUGUGAAGUUUGUGCAGGAAAAGAAGCUCAUUGGCAAGUAUUUCGAGGAAAUUAGCCAAGAUACCGGGAAGGUCUGCUACGGUAUUGAUGAUACUCUCAAGGCGUUGGAACUUGGCGCAGCGGAGACGCUUAUUGUAUACGAGAACCUGGAUGUCACCCGAUGGGUCUUGAAGGACUCGAGCGGUUCCGAAGUUGUCAUUCACACAACCAAAGCUCAAGAGGAGAACAACCGGGAAUUGUUCCUCGACAAGGAAACUAACACUGAAAUGGAAGUUGUAGAUCAGUCCUCGUUCCUCGAGUGGCUUGCAGAGAGCUAUAAAGAUUUCGGUGCGGCUUUAGAGUUCGUUUCUGACAAGUCUAGUGAGGGUAAUCAGUUUGUUAAGGGCUUUGGUGGUAUUGGAGCUAUUCUCCGGUAUAAGGUCAAUUUCGAACAGCUUGCCGACUAUGAUGACGAGGACGAGUUUUAUGACGGUAUGCUUGUUAUUGACGCUGGGAGCGAGGAUGAAAGGCCAGAAGUCCCCAAAGUGGGUCUUUUGACGGCUCGCCCUUUGUGGCAUGAAGGCAGCUUUCAUGGUAAAACCAUCGCUUCAUUGGUAGGGACCAUACUGCCUGGACCGAGCUCUGUCCAGCUGCUCAAAGGGCCAUCCAAGCUCCGUACUAUUGAGUUUUAUGUUACCUACACGGUCUAG